AUGUAUAAACAACUAUUGCUGUUGUGCAUCACUUUGACAGUGGCACUUGGUGCUGCUGUUCCACCCAUUCCAACUCCAACUCAGUACUACAUGAAUGGAACAUUCAACAUCCCAUACUUCAACAUCACUGAGCCAAUCGAGUUGAUCUACGACAGCGUCAACAACCGUCAGUACAUCAGCUAUUACAAUGGCCUCGACGUCACCUUGAACUUCUUCAACGACGACGUUACCUUCUCGGUUGGACCACGUGUCAACACCCAGAUCUGUCAGUCCAUCCCAGGCAACGGAUCGCUCGUCCAGCUUCUGCCAACCGACCCAUCCACCUGGGUCUACAACGGUACCUCCACUGUCAAUGGUGUCAACGUGUUCUCGUACUCCCAAAAGGUCGUCAACUAUGGUGUCGCUGCUUUCUACACCUUCUACAUGGAUGCCCAAGGAGUGCCAAUCCAGUUCUACCUGGACGGCGUUGACUUUAUCUUUGACUCCCAUCCCGACAUCUACGUGUUGAACUUUGACACUUUCACCACCGACAUUAGCCCAUACGAGUACCUCUUCAACGUGCCACCCGUCUGUGGCAAGGCCGAGAAGGGCGAGCCAAAGACCAACACCUUUGCCGGUCUCUUUGAGCAGGUUGCCAAGGAUGUCCAUGCCAAGCAUGAGGCCACCAAGGACGAGUUCAACCAAUACAAGACCCAGUACAACAAGGAGUACUCUGGUGACGAGCACAACGAGCGCUUCAACAACUACAAGGCCUCCCGUGAGAUGAUCAUCAAGCACAACUCCAAGGAGUCCACCUACACCCUGGCCAUGAACCACUUUGGUGACAUGACCCACGAGGAGUUUGAGCAGAAGAUCAAGCCACGCGUCCCACGUCCAGACCACAACGGUGCCCACGACGUUCAUGACGACGACCGUGUCAAGGCUCUCCCAGCCACCGUCGAUUGGAGACAGCAAGGAUGUGUCACCAAGGUCAAGGACCAAGGUGUCUGUGGUUCAUGCUGGACAUUCGGCUCCACCGGUUCACUCGAGGGAGUCAACUGUAUCGCCACUGGCAAGCUUGUCUCGCUCUCUGAGCAGCAAUUGGUUGACUGUGCCUACCUUGGUCAGUCCCAAGGAUGUGGUGGAGGUUUCGCCUCUGACGCCUUCCAGUACAUCAUGAACUUUGGAGGCAUUGCUUACGAGCAGACCUACCCAUACUUGAUGCAGAACGGUUACUGUGCCGAUUCCACCUCGACCCUCUCCACCGUCAAGGUCAAGAGCUACGUCAACGUCACCUCCUUCUCUGAGCCCGCUCUCCAGAACGCCGUUGCCACCGUUGGACCAGUUGCCAUCGCCAUCGAUGCCUCAGCCCCAGACUACCGUUUCUACCAGAGCGGUGUCUACUACUCGACCGUCUGCCAGAACGGCAUUGACGACCUCGACCACGAGGUUCUCGCCAUUGGCUACGGCACCUACCAAGGCUCCGACUACUGGUUGGUCAAGAACUCAUGGUCCACUCACUGGGGUAACCAGGGAUACAUCAUGAUGGCCCGUAACAGAGGAAACAACUGUGGUAUUGCCUCGCAACCAACCUACCCAGUCGUC